CCUACCCUCCGGUCUUGCAGAUCAUAGGGGCCAUUCGAGGGCUGUCUCAAUUUGGCCAUAAUUCCUUUUAUUCUGUAUUCAAACAAAAAAGAAUACGUAACCCGUGGUAGUUUUAGUCUGUUUGUUUGUCUCUCAGUCAGACUUAAAAUAAACAUCAUUAUUAGGGUUUUUGCCUCCCAAUACAGAAAAUUAUGAGGGGACCUCAAGGCAGUCGAUAAGAAGACAACAGUCAGCAGUAAAACGGUUUCCUUUGAUUGGCUACUCAAAUUGUUGUCCCUCUACCGAUCAAACAACAUCCUCUCCUAUUGGACGAGUCCGUGAACAGGGCAAGCGUUCUCCUAACAGAGGACAGGGGAAAGAUGGCGUCGCUGAGGUGCUUUCUUCGCUCAGGGAGGAAUGCUGUUUCUGUCAUUCUGCGUAGAGAGUUCCACAAGACAUCGCCCGCAGCUUUGCAGGUAACAGUCAGAGAUGCCCUCAAUCAGGCAAUGGACGAGGAAUUGGAGCGGGAUGAACGGGUAUUUCUCCUUGGUGAAGAAGUUGCACAGUACGAUGGUGCCUACAAGGUGAGUAGAGGGCUGUGGAAGAAGUAUGGAGACAAACGUAUCAUUGACACACCCAUUACUGAAAUGGGUUUCGCAGGUAUUGCUGUUGGUGCUGCAAUGGCAGGUCUGAGGCCCAUCUGUGAGUUCAUGACCUUCAACUUCUCCAUGCAAGCCAUCGAUCAGGUCAUCAACUCAGCUGCCAAGACCUACUACAUGUCUGCCGGUCUGCAGCCUGUCCCUAUAGUGUUUCGUGGGCCCAAUGGUGCCUCUGCAGGUGUUGCAGCACAGCACUCUCAGUGCUUUGCAGCCUGGUAUGGACAUUGUCCUGGGCUUAAAGUAAUCAGUCCAUGGAGUGCGGAGGAUGCCAAAGGGCUCCUGAAAUCAGCAAUCAGAGAUGACAACCCGGUGGUUGUUUUGGAGAAUGAGCUUAUGUAUGGUGUGCCUUUUGAGAUGUCAGAGGAGGCACAGUCAAAGGACUUCACCAUACCCAUUGGAAAGGCAAAAGUUGAAAGACAAGGAAGUCACAUCACUCUUGUCUCACAUUCCCGAAUGGUUGGACAUUGUCUUGAUGCAGCUGCUGUCCUGGCAAAAGAGGGCAUUGAAUGUGAGGUUAUUAACUUGCGUACCAUCAGGCCAAUGGAUAUAGACACCAUUGAGGCAAGUGUGAUGAAAACCAACCAUCUUAUUACUGUAGAGGGGGGCUGGCCACAGUUUGGCGUAGGAGCUGAGAUAUGCGCCAGAAUCAUGGAAGGCCAGGCAUUCAACUAUUUGGAUGCUCCUGCCAUCCGGGUGACUGGUGUGGAUAUCCCCAUGCCAUACGCAAAGAUACUGGAAGAUCACAGUACACCCCAGAUCAAGGAUAUCAUUUUCUCUGUCAAAAAGACUCUAAAUGUCUAGCAUCAGAUCCAUCUCACUUCCCACUUUUCACAAUUUUUUCCCUUCACAACAAUUUCUAGAACUGGUCCCCAUGUGAUACUGUCUCCCUGUAUACCAAAAUGUAUUUGUAAGAACAGACUAAGAUUAAGUCUUAGAGACAGUCCAAGGCAUUUCUGUUCUGUUAAAUCUCUGGUAUUAAAUGUUGCAUCCAUUGUAUCACUACAAUUAGUAUAGGGAUUAUCCCUUCUCAUUUGGCCCAAAAUAGUUUUCUGUUUUUUAAGAGGGAAUAUUUAUUAUGGAUGUCAAGAUAUCAGCUUAUGUGUAUUAUUUAGCAAUACAUGACUCUGUAAACUAAAAUAAACUCCAUGUUAUCAAUGUCCAGACA